AUGCACGAUCCACUACCCGUCCCUGGAACAGUCCAACAACUGGACUUGGAUUCCAAUUCACCGUUGGGCCGUACCAGAGGCCAAAACGAUAUCGUUUUGAUCCCUCGACCCAGCUCUCAUCCCGAUGAUCCCCUCAACUGGUCCCGUCGCCGCAAAAUGCUCAACACUACAUUCCAAAUGGCAUGGUGUUUCUUCGCCGCCACUCUCAUCAGUGGCCUCUCAUCGUCUUACCUCCUCAUAUCUGAGGAUACAGGUAUUUCAGUCGCCGAUUUGAGUACAGGGAAUGGUCUCAUGUAUCUAUUCAUGGGCUGGGGGACCCUGUUGACACAAAAUUUGGGGCAAGACUUCGGUCGUCGACCGAUUCUGUUGCUCGGCAUGCUUGGAUCCUCACUCAUGGUGAUCUGGUCAGCCUACAUACACUCGGUCGGUGAAUGGUACGUCAAUCGAAUCCUCCUGGGAAUCUUCAUUUCUCCACAAGAGGCUCUCAUCGAACUCUGCAUUGCAGAUGUUCAGUUUGCUCAUGAUCGAGGCUUCCACAUGGGUAUCUACAACUGGACUCUGUGGUGCGGUGCUUUCCUUUCGCCCAUCGCUGGUGGAUUUGUUGCCGAGUCAUUGGGAUGGAGGUGGAUCCAAUAUAUUCUGGCGAUAAUUGGUCUUUGCUUUACGGUCGCGACAUUCUUUGGUUUCGAAGAAACCAUGUUCUUCCGCCAAGUUAAUAUCCAGGACCCGAUCGUCUAUGCCCCUGAAAGCACUGAGGUCCCUUCCUCGCUUAAGGUAACGGUGGACAAUGGAAGCGUGGACGAUAAAAAGCAACGAGGCCUCGAAGUCACACCCGUCAUCGCUGAGGCCCAUGGGCUCAGAACAUACCCGCAGAAGCUCAAGCUAUGGGGAUUCAGACAUCCGGCCCAGCCAUUCAACUUUCUGAGAUCUAUUCUGCUCUCAUUCCGACUGUUGUGCUUUCCAACAACUAUAUUCUCUGGUCUUCUCGUGGGAAGUGUCCUCGCUUGGUAUAAUGCUCUUGGGGGCUCCAUGGCAGAAGUUCUGGGUGGUGCUCCCUACUACUUUACCACAGAGCAGAUCGGUCUUACCUACUUCGCCAGUGUAAUAGGUGUCUCAAUCGGAUGUUACUUCAGUGGAUGGCUCAGUGAUAUUCUUGCCAUUCGACUAGCAACACGCAGGCAGGGAAUUAAGGAGCCGGAAGACCGGCUAUGGAUGUUCGUCGUCGCGCUUAUCGCACAUCCGGUUGGGUGCAUCCUAUAUGGCGUUGGCGCCAGCCACCACAUUCCCUGGAUUGGUGUUGUCAUCGGAAUGGCAUUCAUCUGUAUUACACUACCUAUGGGAUCUGGACUGGCCAUCACCUACAUCAUCGACAGUCAGAAGGAGCUGGCAGGGGAGUCAAUCGUCAGUGUCAUCUUGAUUCGCAACACCAUUGGAUUCGCAUUCGCUUACGCAGUCAAUCCAAUGAUCUCGAACAUGGGGCUUCAGAAUACCUUCAUUCUGAUAGCAGUGCUGGGAAUCGUGCUUUGGAGUGGCUGUCUACUGUGGAUCAAGAUUGGCAAAGCGGCGCGCAGAUCUAUCUCCAAGUCUUACUGGAAUAUUGUUGAGGCUCACGGCCUUGCGGCUCAUUGA